UCAAUGGAUAGUCUUAAAGAUCCUGCUAAUGAUAGAUAGGUGAAGACUCUAAAGCCUCCUCCUCAUAGACCACUCUCAAAAAAUCUAAUGUUUCCAGAUAAAUUAAAAAGUAUGUCAUAAAAUAAAAUAUUUUAGACAAACCUGAUUGGAAAUUAUUGAAAGAUCAUUUAUAAAGAGAAGGAAGAGUAGCAAAAGAAGAAUUAUUUAAAUUGGUAGCUGAUUGCAAUAAAUUAUUGAGUAAACUGACAUUUUGAUUGUUAGAAAAUGAGGGAAAUGUUCUAUAUUUGUAAGAUCCCCUUACUGUUGUUGGUGAUAUUCAUGGGUAAAUUCUUAAAUUUAAAUAGAUAAUAUUAUGACUUACUUAAAUUAUUGGAACCAAAAGUUGGUGGAAACCCAGAAACUACAAAGUAAAAUAAUUUACUUAUAUUAGAUAUCUCUUUUUGGGAGAUUUUGUAGAUAGAGGUUCAUAUUCAAUUGAAGUAGUCAUUUUACUUUAUGCGAUUAAAAUUAAUUAUCCUAAUACUGUUUAUUUUUUAAGAGGCAAUCAUGAAUGUAGAUAACUGACAGCAUUUUUUAAUUUUAAAGAUGAAUGUACUUAUGGAUGCAAUGAUAGGUCUAUAUAAAUAUGAUUAGGAAACUUAUGACAUGUUAAUGGAUUCUUUUGAUCUAUUUCCAUUGGCAUGUAUAAUAAAUUCAAAAUUUAUUGCAAUUCAUGGUGGAAUCUCACCUGAUUUAAAAUCAGUAAUAUUUUGAUUUAUAAUAAGAUUGAAGAUGUUAAAAAAUUAGAUAGAUAUCAUGAACCACCUCGUAGUGGACUUUUUUGUGAUUUAUUAUGGAGUGAUCCAGUAGAUCAUGAUCAAGGUAAUCUAGAUGGACAAUGGAAAAGUAAUGAGGUUCGUGGAUGUAGUUGGUUCUUUGGAAUUGAUGCAAGUAUGAAAUUCUUAUAAAGAAACAGUCUUAUAAGUAUCAUAAGAGCUCAUGAAGUAAUUCAAUUAUAUUUAAAUAGGCAUAACUUGAUGGAUAUAAAAUGCAUAGAUGGAAUGGUGGAUAAGAUUUUCCAGUUGUUAUCACUAUUUUUAGUGCCCCUAAUUAUUGUGAUGUUUAUAAUAAUAGAGGAGCAGUUAUUAAAUUCGAAGUAAUAAUUAAUUAUCAAAAAAUAAUAGAAUAAUACUUUAAAUAUUUAAUAAUUUUAAUAUACUCCACAUCCAUAUUUACUACCAAAUUUUAUGGAUAUAUUUACUUGGUCAAUACCAUUUGUGGCUGAGAAAAUUACUGAAAUGCUUUAUAAUCUAAUUUAAGCAGGAGAUUAAGGUGAUGAUGAUGAUGAUGUUAAUUAAGAAGAUAUAGAAUAAUUUAAAUAAAUGACCAAUCAAAAUAAACAGUUUAAUAAAUAAUAAUCAGGUGGUUCUACUGGAAAAAGUAAAUGAAAAUUGUUAUUAUUAUUAUUAGGUACUGAAAAAUUGAAAAAUAAAUUAAAAUUCGUAGCUACUAUGAUGAAAUUAUAAAAAACAUUAAGAGAAGAAAGUGAAAGUGUUAUGAAAUUAAAAGGAGCUUGUCCUGAUAAAAGAUUACCUAAAGGUAUACUAUCAGCUGGUAAAACAGCUAUUUCUGAUGGUAUUUUUGUAUAAAUAAUUGUAGCACUUGCUGAUUUUAAUGUAGCCAGAAAUGCUGAUAUAGUUAAUGAAAAGAUGCCUACUUAAGCAUAAGUUCCUUAACAAUCUAUAGCAAUAAAAAAACCCAGUAAUAAUACCCAAUAGACCAAGAAGAAAUGAG